UGCAGAGGAUGUAUUUUGAUGUCAACGAAGCUCAUGGACAACGAGUCUCCUCACCAACUAUAUAUUCAAAACUACUCCUGCGCAUCCUCUUCUUGCUUGGUAUUGAGAAAAUGGAUUUUUGAUCCCCGUCGAGAGCAACAGCUUUGUCAGAAGGAUCCGCUUUUCCGGCAGUUCGUCUUUCAACAAGCAGUCUCUGAUGUGAAUGAGGGAAGGUUGAAAUGCUGUCAGAAGCUGUAUCAAUUGAAGGCGAUGCAGAAUGAAGGCAAUGCCGAAGAAUUUCUGGAAAUGUGUCGCAAGAUGUCAGGAUACAAUGAGAUAGCGUUUCCACCUUGUACUUGUCCUACAAGGAAAGCUGGAGAUGUUAUUGUCGUUGUGCGAUUUUCCUCUCUCAUCCUCACAUCUGAUCCUCCUAAUGAUGAGGUAACCAUUUUUCGACGACUUCAUUUCAGUAUGGAAGAAGGCGGCAGGUCUUUUCAGUUCAUUUUCAAGAGGGGAGAAAAACGAGCGAAAACUAUCAAACUUCUUACUGCUUACGUAAGUUUGUUAACGCUCGCUGAGUACAUGGGUGAGUGUUUUAACCAGGUUGACUUUGAACGUCGGGUGGCAAACAACUGGAAGUCGUCGAGACGACUCAUAAGUGACUCCGUAGAGUCUAAUUCGGAUCAGAGUACGGAGAUUUUGAAUGGAGGAGCUUAG